AUGAGAAACUUCACGAAUCUGCUUGAUUAUUUCCCGCUUUUCAUCGUCUGUUUUAUUAGAAUUGUCACCAUAGUCGUAAAGAAAUGUAAAGUAGAAUUUGUACUUCAAUCUUCCGUGAACAUCAUAAUGACGAAUCCAAUCCAAAAUUUCUAG